AUGCCUGACAUUGCGCUCGCCAAAAAGCUCCAAGCUCUGGUCCAACAGUACGAGAAGUCCCAUCCAGAGUCAAAGAGGGCCUUCGAACGCGCUGAGCAGGUCUUACCAGGUGGAAGCACCCGAUCUGUCCUCGUUUCAGAUCCAUUCCCUCUGGUCAUCAAAUCAGCACACGGGGCACAGUUCACGACCGUCGACGGGGUGAAAUUCGACGACUUCUUAUCCGACUUCUCAGCUGGAAUCUAUGGCCACUCGCACCCGGUAAUCCAAGAGGCUGUGCAGCAGGCUCUAUCAACCGGCUUUAGCCUGGGCGGAAUAACGGAGAAAGAAGCUGAGUUGGGAGAGAUUCUAGCCGGUAGAUUCCCGUCGAUCGAGAAAGUGAGGUUCUGCAACUCGGGUACCGAGGCAAACACAUUCGCCGUGGCUACUGCGCUGGCACACACACAGCGGAAGAAGGUUCUCGUCUUCAAAAAUGGGUACCACGGUGGAACAAUGAAUUUUUCGAAACCAGAUAACCCCAUGAAUAUCCCUCACCAGUUCGUAUUUGGCACAUACAACGACAUCGAAGCGACGCGGGCUGUCGUCAACAACGAGAUCGGCGCUAUCUUGGUCGAACCAAUGCAAGGUGCCGGCGGCAUGAUACGCGGAACAAGAGAGUUCCUGUCCUACCUGCGCCAAGCAGCGGAUGAAAUUGGGGCGAUAUUGAUUUUCGACGAAGUCGUGACUUCGCGAUUACAUUAUCGUGGCAUGCAAGGUGAACUCGGUAUCAUACCCGACAUGACGACGCUGGGAAAGUAUAUCGGCGGCGGAUUCCCCUUCGGGGCCUUCGGCGGGUCUACGGAGAUCAUGAGCCGGUUUGAUUCACGCGAUAAAUCUGUUACACUGCAUCAUUCGGGGACAUUCAAUAACAAUAUCUUCACUAUGUCCGCGGCUGUUGCGGCGUCGAGGUUGAUUACGGAGUCUCAGUUGAGACGCCUCAAUGCGAUGGGAGAUCGGCUUCGAGAAGAGGCGACGGAGAUUUUGCGGAAGGCUAAAUUCGAUGAAAUGUCUUUCACUGGGUAUGGAAGUGCAGUGGGGAUUCACUUUUCUGGUGAUGAUGCAGAGGCUUUGAGGGAGUAUUUCUAUUUUGGAUUGAUUAAUCGGGGUAUUUCGAUUGGACGGCGUGGGUUUGUUUCUUUGAAUCUUGCUCAUACUGAGGAAUCUGUGGAUCGACUUCUUGAGGCUUUGAAGGCUUUUGUUGAUGACUUGUCCUAA